UGACGGUAAAAUUUUUAUUCCAUCCCGUGUUGUUCGUAAGAGGUUAUCUCUGCUUCGUUCGUUAGUAAAAUUUCAGUGACGUGACGACUUUAGUUUUCGGCGAAAUGUCUGACAAUUUAACGAGUGCUAGCGGCUCGAGUUUGCCAUGCUUUUUCCAUGAUUUACCCGAGGAAUCCAUCGUGCACAUCUUCUCGUUCCUGGAUGUCAUUGAUUUGACCAACUGCACCGUGGUGUGCAAGCGAUGGGCCGACAUCACCGGGGACGAGCGUCUGCAGAAGACCGUCAUUUUCGAUCUGGUUAAAUGGGAAAACCACUAUCCGCUGUCGUUGCUGCCACACCCGGCUCGUUCCGAUACCGACGCACGCCAGGAAGCGGACCAGGUGGCGAAGGAAUGGCGCCGACAGCUGCUGCAGCGUUUCUGGACGACCAAGACCCGCCGCGUCGUUUUCCGUCGACUCCCGGGAGCGGGUGCGCCAACCGAAUGCUGGAUCAAAAUCGCCCUUGAGGUGGAGGGAGAAGGGGCAGUGAAUGCGGCCAGCUGGCGUUGA